AGUGGUGCGUUACGUCAUUAUCAGAUGAUUAAAACGUCACUUCCUGUAAAUAAUAGAAUAUGAGAGAUAUUGACAUUAUUUGCAACCGUAACUGACAGAAAUAUUUGUUACAAUAUGUGGAUCUUAAACAAGAGAUAGUGUCAAUCAUCAGCUCUCAAAAUGACAAAUAAUCAAACAAAUUUAUCGUCGACUGCUAGUCCUGUCAUUACGACCCCAGGAGAAGUGACCACUGCUAAUGUUACUACGACAGGAAACACCACCCAUAACCACCCACUGAUCUUUCUACAGACAGCAGCAGCCCAAGGUAUUGGAGGAACAUUUGCAGUAUUGGGAUUGAUUAUCACAUGUCAUCAGAUAUACCUGCAUCUGCGAUAUUAUACGUGUCCAAAUGAACAGCGUUGGAUUAUAAGGAUUCUAUUUAUAGUACCUAUUUACUCAUUUGAUUCAUUCCUGAGUUUACUGUUUUUCAGUAAUGACAAUUACUACGUGUACUUUGACAGUAUACGGGACUGUUAUGAAGCCUUUGUCAUCUACAGUUUCCUUAGCCUGUGUUUUGAAUACCUUGGUGGAGAGAGCUCUAUUAUGUCAGAGAUCAGAGGGAAACCUAUUAAAUCUAGUUGGUUUUACUGUACCUGUUGUUUGUCUGGAAGGCAGUACACCAUUGGAUUUCUCAGGUUUUGUAAACAGGCCACCCUACAGUUCUGUGUCAUUAAACCUGUGAUGGCUGUAAUCACAUUAGUACUUCAAGCCUUCAGUCUGUACAAAGAUGGAAACUUCUCACCUGAUUCAGGAUAUUUGUAUGUGACCUUGAUUUACAACACGUCCAUUAGUUUGGCCUUGUAUGCUCUGUUCCUGUUUUACUUUGGUACCAAGGAGCUUCUGAGUCCCUACGAACCAAUACUGAAGUUCUGUACAAUCAAAUCUGUCAUUUUCUUGUCAUUCUGGCAAGGAGUUGUUCUGGCUAUCCUUGAGAAAGCACAAGUGAUAAGUCCUAUUUACUCCGACAAUGGACUGUUGAAGGCAGGAGUGGGAACAGUUUCAGCAGGGUAUCAGAAUUUCUUCAUCUGUAUAGAAAUGUUACUGGCUGCUAUUGCCCUCAGGUUAGCCUUCCCACAUUCUAUAUAUAGUUCUGGUCCUACCUCCAACACGGGCAAAACAGUGUCACUUCAGAGCAUUUCUAGUAGUCUGAAAGAAACAAUGAAUCCUCGUGACAUCAUGCAGGAUGCUAUCCAUAAUUUUCAUCCAAAUUAUUCACAAUACACCCAACAGGGAAGUAAAAUCCCACAAGAGGAAGAAGCAGCAGACGGAUGGCCAUAUCGUGACCAGUACCAAAACAGGCCAACACAAAAUGGUGUAUCUCCUGCCAAUAAUGUCAUACAGACAAGACAACACAAUCUGUCUACUACGACUCCUGCAGGAGGUGUACAUAGGGGACCACCACCUAACCGUAGGUCUCACAAUGAAAAGACCACUCUGCUUUCAUCUGAUGAUGAGUUCCAGUAAAGUGCUGUUAAAAUGAUAUCUUUUAAUUAGUGAAUGCUGGUUUGAUGCAGAGAUUUUAUAUGACAGCAUUGUAAAAUUAUACAUUGAGGCUGAAAUCUCAAAAGAGUCUAAUGUAUUUAUAGAUUGAAUAUUUUUACACAAAGACAUUCAGUUUAUGUGUGACAUUAAAGAACAAAACUGUUGUAAUUUUUUUCUUCAAAAUACUAUUUUUUGUUGUAACUUUGCAAAUUGUUAUAUAUAUAAACUAAGGAACAAACAAUGAAUUCAUUUCACAGGUUAUUUUAGAGCAAGUUUAACAUCAUAUAUUUAAAAUAAUAUUUACAUUGUUUCAUCACUAAAGAAAUGUGUACAAUUGAAUACAAAAUGAUCAUUACUGGGUGAAGAUUUGAAUAAUUUACACGUUUUUUUCAUCCUACUUUUAUUUGUGUUGAUAAGUACAUCUUCUCCUUGAAUUUGUUUGUCAGUAUGUGCAGUCUAAGAGUUAAUUAGAAAGAAGGAUUAUUCAUAUCUGUUUUAUGAGUUUGCCUUGACUCUAUGUUUUGGUCUGACCUUCUUUUCUGGUAAAGAUACUUUUUUAAUUAGUUAAUAUCCUACUAGCAUGACUACAGUUUUGAAAAAGCAGUUACUGUUUUCUUGAAGUUUCUAUUUUUCUGUUAAAUUUUUUCAAAACCCUUAUAGACAUGCAACAAUUUAGUGCUUGAAAUAUAUUGUAUACACCCCUGUCUGUUAGUUUAGUUUAAACAUAUUUAUUUAUAGUGGAUUGGGAAACAAGUUUUGCAACUUAUAGUAAUCCCUUUCCACUUUGCGGGUGCGAGUGCUGCCUUGUAGCGGCAUUAGCCUACUCUUUUUCGAAAUCUACAAGGGUGUCUUUAACGUGCAAGAGAUAUGGCUCUCUCUUAACACGGGUCAGCCAUUUAUCGUCCCCUUCCGACGGACUAUCAUUGUUUCCUCAAGACCAUACUCGCAAAUGGUGUCAAGGGAGAGCCGAAAAUUGAGUUCCUGAAAUUUUCAUCCCAGACGGGAAUCGAACCAGGAACCUUUGUGCUAGAAGUCCGAUGCACUAACCACUACACCACGGCUCUCUGUCUAUUGUUGAAGACUAUGUUGCUAUGUUGAUAUGUAUUACUGUGGGUUGAUGUCUCUUUGAUGUUAUUGAUCUUGUUUAUCUUAAUUGUUGGAAGCACUUUUAAAAAAUAUGUGUUUGUAAUAUGAUGGCAUGUCUAUUAGUGGCUAAUAAGAUAAAUACUAGAUAGAAAAGUCACAAUUCAAUGAUCAAGCCAUUUUAUCAUUUUAAAGCAGAUUGUCACAAAUUUUAUUUUUAUAUAUAUAAUCAUCAACCAAUCAUAUAUAAAUAAUCAUGAAUUUAUUUUAGUUGCUAUUAGGGAUUAUGUGUUUAGUCAUUUAAAGCAUUUUUGAUUUGCUAAGAUUGUUAAAAAAAAUUUAGAGUUAUUUCCGUUAACCUAGAACUAUGUCUUGUGUAAUUUGUAACAAUUCAAAAUUCUUUUACACAAAUUCUAGUCAGAUUUGAGUUAUGUUUUAAGCAGUAGCUUAUAUCUUUUUUCAGUCAUUAUCACAGAAAAAGAAAUGUUUUACCUUGUAUUGAAAUCAACAUUUAUAUCAUUAUAUUUUAUUGUUUUUUGUGAUUUCUAACAGUUAUUAACUAAUUAUUUCAAAUAAAAACCAUUAAUGUUACGCUAGGGAAUGGCAGGUUUGAACUCGCAGAUAGAUUUGUUUUAAUUAGUGUAUAAGUCUGAAAUAAUAGAUUCACAUGCAAAAUUUUGUGAUAAAGAAAAUAUUUAUUCAAAUUUCAAAAAAAAAAUCUGAGUUUUAAAUGAACAUUUAAAUGGUUUUUAUAUCAAUUGUUCCCAAAAUAUCUAAUAAUGUCAUAGUUUUAUUAUGAAAGGUUGUAGGGUUAUAUAUCAAUUGUAUAAUAUCCAUUUUCUGUACUAUAUUAUGUAUAUAUGUGUAAGAAUUGUACAGUAUUGUUUGAAAUUUAAAAAAAUGGCAUUGUGAAAAUAGUGCAAUUUCAGAAUUGUUCUUUUAUAACAAUGAUUACAGGGAGUAAAAAUUUUGUGCAAUAAUUAUAUUUUGGCAAUUUUUUUUUUAUUUGCACUUUUUUUUAUGUAAAUAAGUCUUUUUCACCAUUUUAUUUUUGUGAAAAUAUUUGGAAAAAAAUACAUGCACAUUUCAGACCUUAAAAUUAUUUCCCUUGAAAUCAGGUGUUGAUUGUAUUUUUCCAAGAACAUAUCUAUCACAGCUCUUUACACUUACAUUUUACCCAGACAAAGCACUGGGAAAUUCGACCACUUAAAUUUUUGGUUCAUAUAUGUACUUCUCAAGAUUUUUGAAUCAACAGUAUAUUUAUAUAUCCCUUGCAAAUAAUGUUUUCACAUUCUUUCAUAAGUGUACAUUAUAUAAGUCCUGCCCUCUUACCAAAUAGACUUGCAGUAUGUGGUCUUUGACUCUGUGCGGACAUUGUUUAUGUAUAAUAUAGUUAUCAUAUCAUGUAUUUGCUAUAUAUUGUGUACAUAUGUAUAUUAUGUAGUUUAUAUAGAUAUAUGUAUGUUAUUGAAUAGGCUUUAUUAUUAUUAUUAUUAUGGGUAUAUGAAGUAUGGCACCAUAGAUAAUGAUUAUGAAGUAAACAGCAUUUUUGUAUUUUAAAUGAUAACAGAAUUCUAAUUUAGCUUUCAAUAACCACAAAUUGAACUAUGUCUGUGAACAUGUGAAAUGUAAAUAAACUAGUAAGCUUAAAAUGUAGUCUUCUUUAAGAAAAGCUACAAAUUAUAAACUCAUUUGCAGUAACAAUAUAUUUCUCUAUCUGUGCUGUAUUUAAAAAAACAUAAUUGUAACUUUAAUAAAUUUUAUCAUAAACCUUUCUUUUCACCAUUUUAAAAAUUUUCUAUAAAUAGGUUAUGUUCACCAUACUAAAAUUGACAUGAGAUGGGUGGUGAAUAUUUAACAUGUUUAAGAAGAACAAAAAUACAUGAAUUAAAAUGAAUUAAGCUAAACUUUAAUGUAUGUCAAGAUCAAAUAAAAAGUUCCUUCUGCCCCCCCUUCCCAAUUCAUUUAUUUCUUAAACAGCCCUUAAUUUCUAGAGAAAGUACAUUAAUGAUAAUUUGGACCUAAUUGUCUCUGAGUAUUAUAGUAUUUGAUGCCAUCAGUUGAAUAAGGACCUGAUCCUUAUAAAAGUAUUUUUUGUUAUAUGUAACCUCAAUUGUCUCUGACAGAACUUUUGAACAAACUUUUUUUUUUUAAAUUGGUCACACUGUAGGAGGUACAGCCAAUCUAAUCAAAAACUGAUCUCUCAUCACUCCUGUUUUCUAUAAUGUUGUGAUUUAUCUGGCUGCUUGUAUUAGGUAUGUAAUAUCUUUUAACAUCAGAAGUUUUUAUUUUGCUUAUUUAACAUAUCUGUAAUAGUAUUCAUAGAGGGAUGUAUCAUGAGAACUUAAUGUUUAUGAUAAGGAUACAAAUUGUGAUAUAUUUUAAACAGUUUACAGUUUCAGUUCUUGUACUUAAUUUUGGGGAAUUCCCUACAUAUUUUGUUGACAUAUCACACAUUCUUUAUUUAUUAAUUCAAUAAUUGUGAAUGAAUGAUAUAGCUUAGGUAUAUCCUUUCAUUUCUGCUUGCCCAGUGUGGGCAGUCCACUUCAGCCUAAUUAAAUUCAUCUCAUAUUUGUUGGUACAAAAAAUGAAUGCAGUCCUAAAUAGGAUUCAAAAGGCCUUUUUCAUUAAUAAUUUUAAGAUAACUGCAAAAAUAAAACGAUGGAAACAGGUUUAAUGCAAAUUUGAAUUAAAUGAUAUGUGGAAACACAUAUGUUAGUUAAUUAGGCAACAGUUUAACAUGACAAAAAAAAAUUAAAAAAAAUUUGUAUCAGAUUGGAAAUUUGAAUAACCUAUGUUGUUGUUUAAGAUGUUUAUACCUAUAUUGUUAUGCCCCUGCUAACAUGGAGGGGGCAUUAUAUGCUAUACUUGUAUAUGUGUACAUUCAUAUGGAUCUCCCAAGACUAGUUUCUGUUCUCUAACUUUAGUUUGCCAUAGCCAAAUGUUAUGGCAAUGCUUAUUAUCACAAAACACAGAUCAAGUUUGAAUUUUGAAUGGCAUCACUUUUAACUAAUAUAUGCAUAUCAUAUAUGAACACAAUCUAAAUUUUUUGUUAUUUAUACUGCAUAAAAAUGUCUUUAAGGAAUUAAAUUUGAAACCUUUUUUAGAAUAUACUUUCAACUACAAGAAUUUGAUAGAAAUGGUAUUCACAUGUGUUGGCAUUCAUGUAUAUUGUUGAAGGCUGUGUGAUGUUUUCUUUCACAACCUUAUUUGUUUAAAGCUUUGUUGUAGGGUUUCUGUCAUAGAUUUGACAUUUAACCAAACUAGAUAUAUAUAUAUAUAUAUUUUAUGAAAUAGUUGUGAUAUUUAUUUAGAAUAACACUUGUAAAUAAGAUUUUAUUUGUGAAAGACUGUUUACGAUACAUGCAUCGCUGACAAGUUUUGUUUGUUUAAAAUGAGAGCUCACAUCAGAAAUUCUAUAAAUUUAGAAUAUAUGGUAUAAUUUAAUUUUGUCUGAAAAUCAAGUUUAUUUUAUAUAAAUUUAUGAUAUGAAAUUCAUGUGAAAUUUGUUUCAAGGCUUUUUUUUACUGAGUAAUGGAUUGCCUAUAAUAUGAUUAGAAAAUCAAAUUUGAAACCUUGAAAUUUUCCACAAGAGCUUUGUGCUGGAGCUUUCUUUUAAGAUUACAUUUAACAUUUUUGCUUGUCAGAGCACCUGUAUUCACAUUGGUCUAUGUACUUAAAAAAAUAUUUUUUGUUAAGUUUUUUUCUUUUUUAUAGCCAUUUGUUGUGUGUUUGAAACUUUUUCUGCAACUAACUAAGAAGUUAAGGGCUUAAAGAAAUAUUUAAGGUAAUAAAAUGAAACAUAUAAGAUUAAUGCAACAAAAUCAUGAUAUACAAAUAAGAAGUUCAUAUUUCUUUUGUUUGAUUUAAAGUAAAUAAGCUCAUCAUAGAUAACAGGACAAAAUUUAGUAUACGCCAGACGCGCGUUUUGUCUACAAAAAACUCAUCAGUGACGCUCGAAUUCAAAAAAGUUAAAAAGGCCAAAUAAAGUACGAAGUUGAAGAGCAUUGAGGACCAAAAUUCCUAAAAGUGUUGCCAAAUACAGCUAAGGUAAUCUAUGCCUGAGGUACAAAAGUAAAGUUUAGUAAGAACUCUAUUAAAUGAAUUGUGCUUUCAGAAUUUGAUUGAAAUUGAUAAUUAAAGUGGGAAAACUCAUCAAAUUAUGAACAUCCUAAAAAAAUAAAAGUGAAAUAUAAUCUGAAUGUAAACAGUAAACUUUUUCAUUACUCUAUGAGACCAUUAAGGUUGGAGAGAGUCCAAGAGGUGGGAGAAAGUCCACGAGGUUGGAGAAAGUCCAAGAGUAUCAUUGUAUGAAACAGUUCUUUCUCAUGAGUAGUAUUUUUUUAGAAGCAUUCUAUUAUACAUUAAGUAGAGAAAAGAGUUAUUGGACAUCAUUGAGUUUUUGUGUAUCAAAAUUAUCUCCCUUUGCUAGUUGUUAGAUCAGAUGUUCUUAGUUUGUAAAUAAGAAAACAAACUAUUUUUAUGUUUUUCAGUAUUUCAAGAUUAGCCAUACUCAGUCUUAGUUAAAAUUAGUAGUGAAUUGAGUGAUAAGUUAUACGUCAUUGUGAAAAUUAAUAGCUAUUUUUGUAGAUCUCUUGUCGUUGUUAAAUUAAAGAACAAAAGUGCCAAUGUUGUAUAAAUGUUGUACUCUGAUGACGUACUAAUAAAAAUCUCUAUAAAGAAAACUUA